CUUUCUUUCCAUAAGGUUUCCUCAAGCUUCAUCCGGCCGACAUCGCAAUCAUAGCUGCAAAGAUUCCUAUUGUGAGAAAGACGUGGAGAUUUGUGGAUCUCCUUCUACGACACCUUAUCAUUUUCUAAGUUGCUCAGUUGCCAUAGGGUCUUUGGCGUAAAUUAACGCCCAGGAAAGGUGCGAAACGGGCCAUUUCCAACCCAAAACUACUCACUUGAUGGGAAAAGAGCUUCACUCUUAGUGCCUUUCCUGCAAUGACAAUCGCUUUGCUGUAAACACAAUGUCUAGCGCCCUCAAUCCGAUCCGUUUCGUCCUCUUCGACGCGCUGCACACCCUUCUCACCCCGCGCCUCCCGGUCUACGUCCAAUACUCCCAAAGCUUUGAGCCCUACCUCGGCACGCUCGACCCUGUCGCGCUCAAACGCGCCUUCAAGCUCGCUCUGAAGCAGGUGCAAGCAGAGAAGCCCGCGUAUAGCCACCAGCACGGCUCCGAAGGCUGGUGGGGCGAGGUCAUCCGCCGCACUGCCGUUGGCGCGGGCGCGGAUCCUGCGGCCGUCGACCGCUCGCUCGCAGAGAUUGUCCGGCGCCUCCUCCUCCGCUUCUCGUCCCGCGAGGGUUACAAGCUUUUUGAUGAUGCGCUUCCUGCACUGCAGCAUCUCCGCGCGGUGGACAUCCGCACGGGCAUCGUGAGCAACUCCGACGCACGCAUGCACCAAGCCCUCACCUCGCUCGGUGCGACGCCGUACCUCAGCCCGAUCCUGCUCAGCGAGACCGAGGGCAUCGAGAAGCCCGCUCGUGACAUCUUCCUCCGUGCCUGCGAGCGGGCGAGCGUCCCCCCCUCACAGGCGGUGCACGUCGGGGACGAGCUGGAUGCAGAUUACAACGGCGCACGCGCGGCGGGCCUCUCGGCGCUGCUGCUUCGGCGCCUCGGGCCCGCGGGGGAGGGGGAGACGAAGGAGGAUGACGAGGAUUUGCGUGGCGUGGAGGUCGUCAGUGGCCUGGGAGAAGUUGUCGAGUGGGUUGAGAGGCGGAACGCCGCGGCUCAGGGGAGGUGAGAUGGAGAGACUGGUGAGCAGAGGGAAGGAACGGACGCAUGUGCGGAUUGUCACCUGCCGUGCAUUCGCAGAGUGUGGUUGAAGGGUACUGCUGGUGCAUAACAAUAGCACCUGUGGUCGCGGAUGCGGAGGCACGUCGUGGUGGCGAUUGUGGUGAGGGCGAUGUGUGGGAUUAGAUUGUAAAGAGGGAGAAAGGCUCAAAGAAUGCUUCUCUCGGGGAAUUGACGUUCAAUUUCCUAUAUCAGGUAAGCGCCGAUGACCAUUCGAGCGCCCAGCGGUGUCGUGGGUCCUUUGCCCUGGCAUUCCUGUCACACCUGUGGGUGUAGCAUUCUUUGACAUCUUGUUAUACGCCGUAGGGCUCUCUAAAUACAUAUAAAACUUUUGGGUUUCAGCUAUUACUUUAUUUUCUAGUCUUG